GUUUAGCCGGCAUAUCAUUCGCUUUUCGCGUGUCGUCGGCUUCAGAUCUGAUACCGACAUAGGAGCUGUGCAAGAUCCGUUUCCGAAUCGAAACACAGCGAUAAAGCCUGACUGGAAAAUGUCCAUAUCAGAUGUGGAUCACGAGAAGAGGAAGCAGAUAUCAGUGCGGGAGAUUGUUGACGUCGAGAACGUCGCAAACUUGAAAAAAACUUUCAACCGACACCUCCACUACACCCUUGUCAAGGAUCGCAACGUCGCCACAUCUAGGGACUAUUACUUCGCCCUCGCCCAUAGUGUCAAGGACAAUUUAGUGUCCAGAUGGAUUCGCACUCAGCAGUAUUACUACGAAAAGGACCCCAAGAGGGUCUACUACCUGUCUCUCGAAUACUACAUGGGCAGGUCCCUACAAAACACAAUGAUCAACUUGGGCAUCCAAGGAGCUUGCGACGAAGCUAUGUACCAAAUGGGCUUGAACAUUGAGGAGUUGGAGGAGCUCGAAGAGGACGCUGGGCUCGGUAAUGGAGGACUCGGGCGUUUGGCUGCCUGCUUUUUGGACAGCAUGGCGACCCUUGGUCUGGCCGCCUACGGGUACGGCAUAAGGUACGAGUACGGAAUUUUUGCGCAGAAGAUCAAGAACGGCGAACAGACGGAGGAGCCCGACGAUUGGCUGAGGUAUGGCAAUCCAUGGGAAAAAGCUCGGCCCGAAUUCAUGCUUCCAGUGAACUUUUACGGACAUGUGAUCGACACCCCCGAAGGAAAGAAAUGGGUCAACACGCAGGUCGUCUUUGCCAUGCCGUACGACAGCCCGAUCCCUGGGUACAACAAUAACUACGUCAACACUCUAAGGCUCUGGUCAGCAAAGUCUCCCGUUGAAUUCAAUCUCAAAUUCUUUAACGAUGGUGAUUACAUCCAGGCGGUGAUCGAUCGCAACUUGGCAGAGAAUAUCUCUAGGGUUUUGUAUCCCAAUGACAAUUUCUUUGAAGGCAAAGAAUUGCGUUUGAAACAGGAGUACUUUAUGUGCGCCGCGACACUUCAAGACAUUAUUCGUCGCUACAAGUCGAGCAAAUUCGGCUCACGGGAUCAUCAUAGAACGGACUUUGAUAUCUUCCCGGAUAAGGUUGCGAUCCAGUUGAAUGACACUCACCCCUCGCUGGCGAUUCCUGAGCUGAUGAGGGUCUUGCUUGAUGUGGAGGGUCUGCCGUGGGAAAAGGCAUGGGACAUCACCGUUCGCACCUGCGCCUACACGAAUCACACUGUUCUUCCAGAGGCCCUGGAACGUUGGCCAACCAGUUUGUUGGAGAGCAUUCUGCCACGACACAUGCAGAUCAUUUAUCACAUAAACUUCUUGCAUCUCGAGAAGGUCAAGGCCUUCUUCAACGGCGAUUUGGAACGCAUUCGCCGCAUGUCUCUCAUCGAAGAAGACGGCGAGAAACGCGUCAACAUGGCUCAUCUUUCCAUUGUUGGAAGCCACGCUGUUAAUGGAGUUGCUCGCAUUCAUUCGGAAAUCAUCAAAAAUGUCGUAUUCCGCGACUUUUACGCCAUGACCCCGGAGAAAUUCCAGAACAAAACCAACGGUAUUACCCCGAGAAGAUGGCUGCUUUUGUGCAAUCCAACUUUGUCUGAUAUAAUUGCUGAGAAAAUUGGAGACGAAUGGACCGUUCAUUUGGACCAACUUGCACAGCUCAAACAGUGGGCAAAGGAUCCGGGCUUCCAGCACAGCGUCAACAAGGUCAAGCAGGAGAACAAACUGCGAUUGGCACAAUUGCUGGAAAAGGAUUAUGGGGUGAAAAUAAACCCAGCCUCGAUAUUCGAUAUUCAGGUAAAACGUAUUCACGAGUACAAAAGGCAGCUGUUGAACUGCCUGCACAUAAUAACCCUCUACAAUCGAAUCAAGAGGGAUCCAUCGGCGCCAUUUGUGCCGCGGACAAUUAUGAUCGGUGGUAAAGCUGCCCCUGGGUAUCACUUGGCGAAGAAGAUUAUUAAGUUGAUUUGCAGCGUUGGCAACGUUGUGAACAAUGAUCCAAUCGUUGGUGACAAGCUCAAAGUGAUCUUCCUCGAAAACUACAGAGUCACUUUGGCUGAACAGAUUAUCCCAGCUGCUGACCUUAGCGAACAAAUCUCAACGGCUGGCACUGAGGCUUCGGGAACUGGAAACAUGAAGUUUAUGUUGAAUGGUGCUUUAACGAUCGGAACUUUGGACGGUGCGAACGUCGAAAUGGCCGAAGAAAUGGGCAACGAGAAUAUCUUCAUUUUCGGAAUGACAGUCGACGAGGUUGAAGACUUGAAGAAGAAGGGCUACAACGCUUAUGACUACUACAACAAAAUACCCGAAGCAAAGCAGUGCAUCGAUCAGAUUCAGGGCGGAUUCUUUAGUCCAAGUAAUCCUGACGAGUUCAAGGAUAUCACUGAUGUUUUGUUGAAGUGGGACAGGUUUCUGCUUCUUGCCGACUAUGAAGCCUACAUUAAAGCUCAAGAUCUUGUUUCCAAAGUUUAUCAGGACGAGAGCAAGUGGGUGGAAAUGGCAAUUCACAAUAUUGCAUCGUCGGGCAAGUUUUCGUCGGACAGAACAAUCGAAGAAUACGCUCGUGAGAUUUGGGGCGUUGAACCGACUUGGCAAAAACUCCCACCGCCGAACGAGCCACGUGAUAUUUAAACGAAGAUAAUUAUUAAAUAUACAGAUUGGGAAAUUCAAGGAAUUCCCCAGACUGCCACCUCCUCGUUCAAUUCUGAAACAUUCAUUCACUUCGCAUGUACACGCGAUACCUGAGCUGCGGUCUCUUUUUCAACAUCGCGUUUACACUCGCAGAUGAGAAACAACGAUCGUCGCCAAUUCCCAAAGGUGUCAGCACUUAUCUAGUAGUUCGUUAUUCGCGCAUAUAUAACAUGUGUAAGGAAAUUUUUUAACUUUCGAGAGCAAGAUUAAUAGUAAUUUCCAAAUACCACACAAUUGAUCAAAGAUAACAACUUUGUUUAUAUUCAAAGAUUUUAAUAGUGCAUGUUAUUAGGUGAUUAAAUAUAUAAAAUUAGCACGUCAAAGAUAUGUAAUGCAAUCGAUAGUAAAUUUUUUUAUGUUGUGCGUAAUUAAUGAAACGUGUUCAAAAGACGAAUGAAUGAAAAGAAGAGAAACGUUAGAAAGCACAUAAUAUAGUAGCUCAUCUAGUAGGGGGGCUAAUCAAAUCUCUCUGUCAAUGUGUAAUAUGCAAAUGCAACUCUUAUUGUAUAACUAUGUAAGAUAGUGAAUUGCUGAAAACGUGGCGAUAAAAUGACCAGGUUUCUAAACAUUGAAAAGUUAUGAAUUGAAAUCAAAAUCAAUUUAUCUCAUCGAAAUUUUAAUUGUAUUGUUAUUUACUUAAGGAUUAUAUUAGUACAUACAUGGAUAUUCAUUACUACACGUACUUGUUGCCCUGAGGGCAUACAUCAAUUUUCAAUGCUCUCGUACAGCUGGUAUUUCGAUUAAGCAAUUAACCCGGAUAAAUCACAUUCGUAUGAUGUUAUAUAAAUAUACUAUAUUAUUAUACGUUAAGUUAUACACUUUCGAAAUAUUAUAUUCAUCAGUUAAUUAUUAACAUUGUGUUCAAGUGCCAUUUUCGUAUGAAUGUGGGCCAGCUGCUCCUAUGAAAAUAAAUUGUAUCGUUGCUACACAA